UUUGGAUUGUGAAUGGUCGUUGUCGCUGAGUAUUUUUUAAAGUAUUGUGAGCAUUCUCAUCACAUUUUCAAUUGGAUUCUGCACAGCUCUUUGGAUCAUGAUGAGUAGAAAUGUUAACCAGUCAUGGAAAGAUCCUUAUGUAGUCAAAAAACUCGAAAAGGAUUUGCUUCAUUCUUUGGUUUGUAGUUCCUUGAGACUGUUACCAGCAACUAGAAGAGCAGCUGUGGCAAUAAUAUUGCGUUUUGGUUCUUUGUCAGUAGAUUUUCCAACCGAUGCUGCUUAUAGCUUUCGAGAACUUUUGCAGCAUGUGGAAGCUACAGGAGCUAGUCACCUUCAAAUUCUUUAUAUUCAGAGAGCAACACAAGCGAAUGAUCCUUGGUCAGGACACAUAGCUUUUCCUGGUGGCCGUCGAGAGGGAAACGAAAAUGAUAUAGAAACCGCUGUUCGAGAAACCAAAGAAGAAAUAGGUUUGGAUCUAGGAAACUCGCAACAUUUUAUUUGCAUAGGAAGACUGAGUGAUCGUGAAAUAAAACUGCGGAACAGAGGCUUGAGGGACUCUGCUUAUUGUGCCUUUGUGUUUAUCCAAUUAAAAGUGGAAACGCCCCCUUUGAAGCUCUGCAGCUCUGAAGUGGCAGCUGCUUUUUGGGUUUCAUUGGACACUUUUCUGGUUUACGGUAACCAGUUGCUUUGCAACAAAGCAAUCGAACGAAAAUGGGAUAUUGGAUUAUUUCGUUAUCUUUCCUAUAUACUUCCGAAACCCAUUUUCGAGUGGUUGGCUCUGGACAGAGUUUAUUUUUCUGCAAUUUCGCUAAGACCUUGGAUAGUUUCCAUUCAAUAUGCACAAGAUGGUUUAUUCGCACGCGAAGAUAAAAAUGAUUCCUUAUGGCUUUGGGGACUUACAUUGGCUGCAACAGCAGAUUUGUUGCAGCCUGUACUGGAAAAGCGAUUGGAUGAUCCGUUUGCUAUACCAGUUAACCGAAUGGUUCGUUGGUGGAUUCCAUCCAAGUGGUAAAUAUCCCAUAUCUUGUAGAGUUGGAAGAACACUUGUUGAGUCAUGUAUAUACGUUGCAUUGUUUUAAAAGAUUCAAGUAAUGGCAAUGUUGAUUAACUAUUUUGAAGUUUCCAUUGUGAGUCUUAUUGACUUUAUCCAUUUCAUUGCUCUGUUCCAUGAAACGAGUAAGAAUAUAGAAACAGAUGCACAAAGAAGUACUCUAGCAAAAAUAUUGACAAGUUGAGAAAAAAAAAUGAAUUGCUUGUUGUAACAAUUGGAAAGAAAGAAAUAAUCUUUUCAUUUCCCAUCGUUGAAGAGUAGUAGAAUAGGCAAUGUACCAGAUUGUUGUUUAAACUAUGUAAAUGUAGGAUAUAUAUUAGAUAUAAAUGUUUGUGUUGUGAGUGACUCAUUGACAUGUUUCUUGAUAUAUCAUUGGACAGUGUCUCAUUACCUUGAAGUUCCUAACCAUUCUAUCUUCUCAUAUCUUUCUGAAACAAACGACAUUUGGAGAGGAAUGAUAUUGUUUAAGAAGAAUCCGAUCUUAUCCUUUUCAGAUAUCUAUCUGAUUCCAAAUACAUGAAGGUUUCAUUAUUUCUAUUUCAUGAUGGCCAUUCCUGAAAAACGAUUAUCAACUCUAGAAAAACAAGAAUAAAUAGUGCUUCUCAUCA